AUGGUUGACAUAUCGUUGGCCGUGUCGGCGGGGCACACGCCCCAGGCCCAGCCGACGCCUACGGCUGAGGAGCUGGGGUUUGACCCGCGCGUGAGGAAUCCUAGGGCGUGGUUCAACGGGCGGCAGCUUUCGUACCUGCUGCUGUCGCAGGCGAUCCCGUCGAUGGUGAUUGCGGGGGGGCUGAACGCUGCGUUUGCUUAUCCCGUCUACUCGUCCCCUCGCCCACCUCCGGGCCCUCCCCCGGAAGGCUCGAUCCCGCCCUUUCUCUUUAGCCCGCCUCUCUCGCUGAUCGUCGACGCGACCUUCACCACGUUCAUCCAGAGCGUCAUCACCUGGUUAAUCCUCGCGUACUUGGUCAACCGCUCCAUCUCCCGCGGCGAGGUGCAGCCCCACAAUCCUACCUUGUUCAGGGAGCCUACCAGUGCCUUUUGGCGUUGGUUUUUCAUGCUGGACCACUACAAUUCCACGAGGGGAUCGGCGUGUUUCUCGCGCCGCGUGUGGUUUGGCAGACAGGGCACGCGACUGUGCCAGGCCGGGAACCUGUGCGCCGCUGCUUCUCCUGCCUCUUCUGGUGAUUCUUCUCCUGCUCCUGCGCGUACUCGGAGUCUAAAUAUGCAGCGGUUGUCUGCCGGCCUCGGCAGGGUCGGUGCUGCGGUCAGCUUUUUCCUGGCUGGUGUGGGGCGCGGGUUGCUGAUGGGGUUCCCUGCCAUUGUGCUCAUGAUCGGGCCGACAGUCGGGCUCAGCAUGCUGGCGGGGGAGCGGUAUAAUGGGGAUUGGAUAUAUCUAGGCCGUUGGGCUGGCAUGAUAUUCAAGGCCUUGUACGGGGGCGUGUUGGGGUUCUGGCUAUCGCCGUUUAUUGCGUGGAUGUGGAUGGUGCGAGCGGGCUGGAUUGUGAGCAGGCACAUUUUGGUGGUGUAA